ACUGCCUCGAUUCUUAUCAGCAUGGUAAAGGCGAAAAACGCAAACCGAUGCCGGUAGAACUUUAGUGAUAGCUGGAAAAGAGUCGAAACAUGACGGAGGCGGCAGCAGAACCAGAGAUAAUUCCAUUUGCAGAUAUCGCGCUGGGAGAGAUCCUUGGAAGGGGCUACUAUGGUCUGGUCUAUAAAGCCCUGUGGGGUGAUCUGCCGAUUGCCGUGAAGCAGAUAAAACAGGGCUUUGAGGACAAGGAAUUCAAGAGGGAGGUAAAGCAGCUAUCGAAGGUCAGCCAUGAAAACAUCAUACAGCUGUAUGGCGUCUCUGUGCACGAGAAAACUGUCCAUCUACUAAUAGAGUAUGUUGAAGGUGGAUCUCUGCACAAUUUCCUGCAUGCCGAAUGGCAGCCAAGCUAUACGUUAGCCCACGCCAUCAGCUGGGCACUCCAGAUCGCAGAGGGUGUUGCUUAUCUUCAUGCCAUGACACCCAAAGCGGUAAUACAUCGCGACAUAAAGCCGCUCAAUUCGCUGCUGGGACAACGGGGUCUCCAUGUAAAGAUCUGUGACUUUGGCACCGUCGUGGACAUGACCAGUUCGAUGACAAACAAUCGAGGCACUGUCCUCUAUAUGGCCCCCGAGGUAUGCAGGGGCAGACACUACACCGAGCUGUGCGAUGUACAUAGCUGGGCCAUGACCCUCUGGGAGAUACUGUCGCGCAGGCAGCCAUACGAGAAUCUUCUUACCCCGUACAUGGUGAUAAUGGACGUGAUCACAGGCCAAAGGCCACCUUUGGAUCAGGUAAUGGUGGAAUGUCCUGAGCACAUUAAGUGCCUGAUUAAGGACUGUUGGGAUAUGGAGCCCAGCAGCAGACACUCGAUGCGGCAUAUUGUCACGGUCUUAAGAGAGUUCAUGGCCAUAAAUGAGGACAAACUAAAGCCAUUAGACUAUGUGUUCAGAAACCAAACAGUGCUGCCAAUAGAACAUAAGGAUUCCUAAGAUUUGUGUUUAAAUUAUAAAUUAGAAUAAUAAAUCAUCGAGGAACAACCAAUUCAAUGAAUCGAUGCAUUUGUGUGUUUUUUUUGUUAAAGGAACCAGCUUUAAUUGAUCUCAUUUGAACGAUAUACAAAAUGGGGGGUGUUAUGUAGUCAAUUGGUACUUUUUCUUUUCUUUUUGUUAGAAAUGACAAAACAUAGUUAUUGAUUAUAUGUAGGUGGUUUAUAAAAUGUUUUUGUUAAUUGUUCGGUAUUAAUAAACAAGUAUUAAGUGUGAACAUUAACGCUAAUUUAUUGUUUCUGAAAUAUUUACAUUGUUACGGGGUUGUUUGGGUAGGGGAUCAUGGGAGUCAGCGUCGAAUAAUCAGGAGGGAUAAUACAUAUUUAGUUAUCUGUGGGCAUAGAGGGUAUGGUAUGGUAUGGCAUAUAGGGUUCUUCGAUCUGUUCUGUGCAUAUGUUUUGCAUCAUUUGGAUCACUAGCGAAUAUGUUGAUAGUUAAAUCAUUAAAGAAAAAAUGAAAUGUUAAAAUCUUUUAAUGUAUAAAUAUAGUUAUAUAUGUAUUGUAUGUGUUUUUGUAUAUAAAUAUGUUUUCUUUUGUUAAAAGAAACUAAGUCUCGAUGCGGUUCGAGUGUUAAUUUGUUGGUUGUUGCUGGAAAACCCCUAACUUUACUUAACGUAACGUAACGUAACGCUUUGCGGAGUUUCGCAUUUUAUAAUUGCUUUCGUUAAUAUGUUUUCUUUUUCCCUUCCCUUUCUUUUGUUGUUA